UGCCUUGCGGUGCGUCCCAGUUCCAAUGCGAUGUAUUUACCAGCAGGAGUAAAGAAACGGGGGAGAGGGGCUUUUUCCGCAGCUUAUUGGUGAGACCGCAAAAGACUGUGUGCCUAGAGAGGACUGACACAAACUUUCGGACCGCGGAUUGAAGCGUCAGUUCAUCUGUUUUCGGUGGGUUUCCUUAGCCUCUGUUUUUUUUCUGUUUUCGAAACGUGACUUUGUCGCAGUUCGUUGGUAGUGAUUUACUGGGCAAUGCUGAAAAAGGAGGACGAAUUUUGCGGAAUUCUCUCCUCUACCUGUGUUUUCCCUCUAAACUUCAGUCCGGGCAGGAAGGACUAACUUUAAUCCAGCAAAGCGAAUUAAUCAGAGGGGCUUCCGCUGCCCUGCCAUUGCCACCUUCAGUAAUGUUGGGGCCAGCACGCAGCACCCGGCCCCCUUGCUUCUGACCCAGCAUGGAGCUCAAGGUAUGGGUGGAUGGAGUCCAGAGGGUUGUCUGUGGGGUCACUGAGGCAACCACCUGCCAGGAAGUGGUGAUUGCUCUGGCACAGGCCAUAGGUCGCACUGGAAGAUACACUCUAGUAGAAAAAUGGCGCGACACUGAGCGUCACUUAGCCCCUCACGAAAGCCCCGUGGCUUCCCUGAACACUUGGGGCCAGUAUGCUGGUGAUGUCCAGCUGAUCCUGCACCGCACAGGCCCUUCACUGACUGAAAGACCCCCCUCAGAAGGGCCCCCUCUCAGGGGGCCAGAACGCGGUCUGCAUCGACAAAGCCUCCCUCCGCUUGCAAAGCUUCGUCAUCCCAAUGAUCGCUCCCUUCGCCGUCGUGAACCCCGCCGCAAGUCUCUUACAUUCACUGGUGCACCCAGAAGCCUUAGGGAGAUACUGAGCGGAGGCCGGAUUGGUGAAGCUGAAGCCAAACGAAGGCUUCUUCUAGGAAAUGGAGGAAGUCUUCACCAUGCUGGACCCACUAUCGGGACCACGUCCCCCAGCCUUUGGGCCUGCCGCAUGGAAGAUCUGGUCAGGCUGGUCGGUCUGCAGAGAGAGACUCUCAAUGUGUUGGAAAAAAAGCUUGAGGCCUAUGAAGCUGAACUUCAAGUCUGGGCUGAAGGACGAGGGGGGCGAGGUGAAGGGUGCGCUGGGAACCCAGGUGUAGGUGGGGGGUUAAUAGAGGAGAUCCUGAGGUUGGAGAAGUACCUGAGGAAGAAUGAGGUGGAGAUGGAGGAAGAGGAGUUUUGGGCCACUGAGCUACAAAUUGAGCUUGAAAGUGAGAGACAGCUGGAGGAAAGGCUGCAGGAGCUUCGUGGGCGUCUGCAGAGCUGUGAACUAGAGAUUGAGGAGAAACUGGCAAUGGUGCAGGGUGUAGAGGCAGGCCUGGAAGAAGAGAAACUGCAGAGAGAGCGGCAGGAGACCCAGUGGGUCAGUGAGGCUGAGGCUCGGGCUCAGGUCCUUAGGAUUAAAUCAGACUUGAAGGCCCAAGAAAGACAGGCUGUCCAGCUGGAGAGCAGUUGCAAAGCUGUGGACAGGUCGCUUGGACAGAGUAGCAAGAAAUUGCAGGACAUGCAGCACGAGCUGGAGCAGCUGACCAAGGAGCUGAGGCAGGUUAACCUGCAGCAGUUCAUCAAGCAGACUGGCACCAAGGUCACUGUACUGCCAGCUGAACCUGCUGAGGAAGGAAGUACCUACAACAGCCCUGGUAUAGAUUUAGUGCCCCUGUCUGGCUCGUUAAAGCGCCCUGUGUCGACCCACCCGAUGCCCAAUCAUUUCCGGGCCCUUCACAGUCCUCUCAGCUCUGGUCUGAACCCAGAAGGGAUCUAUGUGUGAGACGGUUCUGCUGUGAAAGCAACACAUCUUGCCCCCAUGCCAACAGUCAGUUUCACCCCAGAACAGUUUUGUAAGUUGAUAUUUUAGUACAGAAUGCCUCCGUAGCACACUACUAUGCACUGUUUUUGUUUGUUUUUUUCUCAAUUAAGGCAACCUUUACUUUGAAGAUGUAAUCUUUGACUAAAAGGCAUGGAGCACUUGGUAGGAAGGAGAGAUGGUUAGAAGCUAUGGCAUGAAAAAAAAUGAUAACAGAACCAAUAAAUUACCAUGUAAACAUCUGGCCUUUUGUUAUAAACAUAUCCACCUGAUGUACUCUCACUUCAGUACCUGCUGAAUGAUGUUUAUUGUUUUCUGCAUAGCAUGGUGAAUCAAAACUAUUGCCUUUGGAAUUUUGGGUAUGUGAACCUAUGAACCUUAUGUCUUUAAAAUCAGCUGAUUCUUAAAUAAGUGAAGGAUCUACUUAGAGUAAAAUUGUGAACAAUCCAUCAUUUUGCAUAUCAGAAUCUAUUCCUGCGAUCUUUGUUCAAAUUAAAACUAUGCACAAAUGCUUUCCUUACUGUAGAUUGUUGCAUUCUGUAUGCACCAAAAUGAUGGCUUAUUGUAAAUAUGUUUUCUUACUUUUCAUCUUUAUUUAGUGGAUUAGUAUAUUUUAUCACCAAGCGGUGCAUUUACAGUCAUACCAAUGCUGUCCCUCAUUCCUGCAGUAAUAUCUGCACACUGAAAUGGUGUUAUUGAUCCUUUUACACUGAUUUUGUUUUUUGUUUUGUUUUUUUCUUCAUUUUGUGUCCUCACACUAUAUUUUUGCCAAAUGUGUUAUGCUUGUUUUUCUUGAUUAUCAUGUGGCCAAAGAUAGGCAGGUCUUGAUGCAUGAUUAUGUUGUCCAUAUAUGAAUGUGCACAGCAACCACACUCCAUUUAAUCUGUUAGUUAGAUUUGAAAAUGGAGGCAUGUAGUAAUAGGGUGGAUGGUUCCAGCUAAGCUAGUGUGUCUAUUAGAGUUUGUUUGUAACUAUGCGCAUCAAAAUAGCCAAGGUAUGAAGCCCUUAUUAAGUAGUAAAUCGUGUGUGUGACUGUGUGUGACUGUGUGUGACUGUGUGUGACUGUGUGUGACUGUGUGUGACUGUGUGUGUGCACCCGAACACAAACGUGUGAACUCCUUGGGUUGUAGUCCAGCUGCUAAUUACAUCAAAGUGCCUUAUAUCAAUUUCACAGUGGGUGUAUUCAAAUAAUGUACAGUAAAUCUUUAGUGGGGCCAUUUAAGGAAUGAGCAUAGCCAGUUUAGACCAAAUGUGAGUAGAUAUUAGUGAGAGAAGCUAAAACGGCACAGCAGCAAAGAGUAUAUAGUAUUUUUUUCUAUAGUUGUUGUUUUGUUUUGUUUUGUUUUGUUUUUUUGGGGGGGGUUUUUUGUGUCCCUGUGGAAGGAAAUUACAUUAGUUUUAAUGCUUUUUUCCCCCUUUGGUGUAUUAUUGUCACCAUAACAGUAGUGCUGUAAAAUGAAGUAAACAUUAGUUUAGAUUUAUUACUUGUCAUGCAGCACAUUUAUACUGUAGUUUGGAUCAGUACUGUCUCAUAGUUAUGGUCGUUGUUUACAGCUGCAUAUCUUCUAGAAAAGCAUAAGAUGUCGACUGUACAUAACCUGUUUUUUGUUGUUGUUGUUUUUUUUUUCUUUUUCUCUGCCUUAAUAUACUGCAAAGUGUUAACAGAUGUAUGGCUGUAACAGGCUGCUGAUAUGACAUGGAUUGCAUGGUUCAAUAAACCAUCUGACAAAAUUAAA